AUGGAUAAGACGGACGAGGCAGUGUUCGUUGGCGUGAGGCUGCGGCCCUUUUUGGGCUAUGAAUCGCGACAGCAAUGCCUUACCGCUUCCGGGAAGCUUAUCUCCGUGAUCGGAGAGUUUCCUGACAAGAAGAAAAAGGACUUCGCGUUCGAUUGUGCGAUGGAUAGCACUGAUGCUUCCAAGCCGGACUACGUUUCGCAGGAGAAGUGCUACGAAAUGAUAGGGCGCAGAAUGGUGCAGCAUUCCAUUUCCGGGUAUCAUACAUGCCUGUUCUGUUAUGGGCAGACCGGCAGUGGAAAGACCUUCUCUUUCAUGGGCAAAAAGAGUGAGCCGGAGCAGGGUCUGCUGCCACGGCUCCUACGGGACCUCUUCGGACAGGUGGAAUCCUUGCGUAGCUUAGGUGGCCAGGUCCAGUGCCGGGCGCAGAUGCUGGAAGUCUACAACGAGAAAGUUCGGGAUCUGCUUGAGGACAGGGAAAAAGCAAAGGCACCAGAGAUUCAUGUGCAUCCAAAGGUAGGGGUUUAUGUUGAUGGGGCUACCGACGUGCAGAUUGAGACUCUGGAGCACCUUCAAAAGCUGCUGGAAACCGGGCUUUCGAGGGCAAGCGUGGCAGCCACGAUGCGAAAUGCCACAAGUUCUCGUGGGCAUACACUUUUCAGGCUUCUCAUGGAGAAGCACGAAGCUCACACAGUGGUCUCCUCUGAGGUUUUCUGCGUGGAUUUGGCCGGGAGAGAGAACGAGAAGACUACGAAAGUAACUGGUGAAAACUUCGUGGAGCUCACGUUCAUCAAUCGAAGCUUAAUGUGGCUUGCCCAAUGCAUACAAGGGCUUGGGCGGCAAGCGCGUCAGCGCGGGAACUCGGACGAAGUCGAUGGCUCGAGCCGUGCUCGUUUCCGAAACUCCAAGCUCACCUUGCUGCUCUCCAAUGCACUCACGGGCAACUCGAAAACGUGCUUGUUGGGGACGCUGAGCCCUGCAGCGAUCAACCUAGAUGAAAGCUAUGUCACGCUCAACUUUGCGAGCACCGUUAAGAGUAUCAAGGUUACUGCAAAGCGUGUUGCGAAGGUGGACAAGGACUCUCUCAUCCAAAGCUUGAAUGAAGAGCUGCGAAGCCUGAAGGAUCAGUUGAAUAGCGCGACACCGAGAAAUGCACAAGACCUCGAUUCUCAAGCUGGCUUCAUUCGCAACAUGAUGGAGAGCUACAGAGCUCGAUGGGAAGAAGCGCAGAAAAAUGCAGAUCUCUUGCGAAGGCAGAAGGAUGAUGCAUUGCAGAAUCUUGCAAUAUCGAGAUGGAGGUUUGCCAGAGCCACGAUGAAGAACGAGCUUCGGGAUGAAGCGGCCGAGCUGCAGGGCACGCCCUCACAAGGCACGCCAGGCACACAGUCGAACGGAGCUUCCCCGGUUAGCCCCGAGAGCUUCGAAGUGCACUUCGACCCGCACGAGACAAGCGAGCACAGGCUGCCUGACGGUGCUAGCGGUGCUUCCCAAGUAGAGAGCAUGCGAUACCAGCAGCCGCCCGCGAACUCUGCAGAAAUGGGUGCAUGGCUGAACCACUGGCGAACACCCGCCGCAUCAGACAGUCCCAUGUGGCCACCGAUACCCAGCUUGGUCAUCUAUUCCAAAGAUCCCAGCUUCAGUGGCCGACUCAUCUUUCAUGCUGAAGAAGAAGGGCGGCGCUACAUCCUGGGAUGUUCAUCCCGGUGUGAUUUUCAGCUACCACAGACGCCAGGCAUUUGUCCAGAGACAUGCCUCAUUUGGCAGGAGUCGGGGCACCUUUUCCUCAAGCCCUUGGGGAUUAUUCUUCUGCCUUCGGCCGCCAUUGAGGUCAAUGGCACACGACUCGUUCGCGCCGAAGCUAAAGAGCUGCUUCAUCAGGACUUCGUCGUGCUCGGCCAGUCUUUCAGGUUCUUCGUCUUCACCAAGCCGGAUCCUACGGUACAAGCCCUCCUGUUCAGCGGCCGUGCAGAGGAAGGUGCAAACGACGAGUCCACCAACUCCGCCAUCAGAGGCAUCAUUGCUGAGCGGGCGUGCUCGCCACUCGAAAUGGAACGGGCCAGACGAUACCUGCGCGCAUUGGAAGAGGACAUGGUGUCCAGCACGUCAUCGAAGGACGAGUUUUUGAAGCGCGCAAUGCAGGCACGGAACAUGAUAGAGGAUGCCAAAGUCUUUUCCAAAGCUCUCAGGCCACAUGAUGGUUUGAGUUACGAGCUGCUUACUUUAUCGCCGGUGCUGUCACUGCACGAGCUGGGGACUCCGAGUCUGUGCAUCAGAGUCUUGAAAAAUGCAAACCUGGCUCCAACUGAAGUCGCUCUCUGGAGCUUCAGUACGUUCCAGAGCCGGCUGAACCUCAUGAGGAAUGCCUACAAUCGCACCUUUCGUCCUGCAGCGCCUGCAACUGAUGAUCCAUGGCGAGAGAUGACAGCUUUCUGGCCCGUGGGCGCAGCCAGCGAAAAUCACAGUGCUCAGCUGCAGCACCCUGUGGCAGUCAGUCCUCCCACUCCCGUCCCUGUCUACCGGACACAACUGCCGGCUGCAACCAUCUUGAGCCCACAGUGGACGACGCCCAUACAGCCAUACCAGAUCGGUUUCCAAGCUAUUCCGUCGACCGUAUCCUACAGGGUGCCCUCCACCCCAGCGCCGUCUUGUACAUCAUCCCCCCGAAUGGCUGCUCGAAGUGUGCGAAACCUGGAACAAGCAGCAUCAGCUUCACCGUCUGCACGGUACCGAGAAAUUUGA